AUGUCUCGCAGUCUCGAUAUUGAAUCCCUUGAAUCAAUAAUUGAGGGCAAAUUGAUAUCAGUAAUUGCAGAUGAAGAUACAAUUGUGGGAUUCCUACUUGGUGGAAUUGGCGAGAUCAAUGAAAAUGACGAUCCCAAUUUCAUGGUCGUGGACAAGGAAACUUCCGUAAGCGAAAUUGAGAAGUGCUUCAAAGAAUUUCUUAAGCGCGAAGAUAUCGACAUCAUUCUAAUCACUCAGAACCUCGCUGAGCUCAUUCGACAUGAAAUUGAUACUCACACUUCUUUGCUUCCGAUUGUUCUGGAAAUUCCCUCCAAGGAUAAUCCUUACGAGCCCACCAAGGACCCAAUUCUCUGUAAGGCAAAGGAACUGUUCGGUUCAGAUGAUUUGGGAGAUGUGGAAGACGAAGAAGAUUUGGAUACUAUAGAAUCCGCCAGCAGAGGCUAA